CUCCUCGCGACGGCGGCGGGCAACGCGCUCGAGUGGUACGAUUUUGCCCUCUUCGGAUUCUUGGCGCCGGAACUGUCGAAGUUGUUCUUCGCUCCCGGCGAUCCGAACUCGCGCCUUCUCGAGACCUUCAUGGUCUUCGGCGCGGCGUUCCUCGUGCGGCCCGUCGGCGGGCUCGUCGUCGGCGCGUUCAGCGACGCGUACGGGCGGCGCGCGGCGCUGCAGCUGUCCGUCGCGUCGAUGGCGGGCGCGACGGCGGCCAUCGGGCUGCUGCCGACGUACGCGGCCGCGGGGUCGCUCGCGACGUGCCUUUUGGUCGCGUGCCGCGUCGUCCAGGGCCUGAGCGUCGCCGGCCAGCUCACGGGCGCACUGGUCUUCCUCGUGGAGUCCGCGCCGGCGGGGCACGAGAACCUCUUCGGGUCGUUCGCGUUCGCGUCGGGCAACGCGGGCACGAUGCUC